CAUCGUCGCGAUCAGUUUGUUUUCGUAUGUUAUGUUCUGUGGCGGCGUGUGUUUUCAUUUCAUUUUUAUUUAUUUUUGUGUGGUGUUGAGAAAAUUGGUAAUACGGUAGCGGCCUUUUUUUGUGGUUGUUGUUGUUGUGGUUUUUAGUAUUACAAUUUUUUUUUUAACUCGUAUAUGCACGCAUUUCGUGUAGAUAUAUAAUUGAGUGAAGAUUAAUUAAAAAUAAAUUUAAGUGGAAAUGUAUUUGUUAUGAUGAUUGGAAAACCAGUGGGAUAAAGUGACACAAUUUUAAUGGAACAAUAGGAGACCACAACAUUUUGAACGACUGGUGAUUAUUGCUCCAAUAAAACGAACCAAUAAAACGAAAUAUAAUUAAAAAUAAACCAAUCAAAUAAAUUAAUGUAUAACGUUAUAUCAAUGUGGUAAGCCCCGCACCGUCUUCUUUUUGUGUUGUUGCUGUUGGUUGUAAUUUUAAAAUUGAAUUGCAUAGACAUUCAGAAUUUUAUAUUAAUAUUGAACUUGUCUUAAGUGUAUCGAGUCGAAAAGUGCGUGCUUAAGUCCAUCAACACGAUAUCGUAAUUGAUUGAUUAAUUGAGUAUAGAUGAUCAUCAUCUUCACACAUAAUAAAUAAUAAAUUGGUUAAGUUUUUCUCCUGUUUCUCAAGAAUCAGGCCAGUUUCCAUGGUUCUGGACAAAAAGAGUAGGGUAAUUUUUGUUCAGAAUAGAAGUCACUCCAUGGGUGGAAUUUGUUUCAUUUACUGAUACAAAUUUAGGAUUUAUUCAAUGCAAGCAAUAAUAAAAGAUAUUAUGCUUCAUAAAAAAAAAAGAAAACAAAAAAAAAAAAAAUAAAUUGGUUCACUUCUUCGUCUUGUGUGUAUUCGAGAUUAUUUUAACAAUCGCUUGGGAUUUAGUGUAACUAAUAAUUGCAUUCAAAAUCAAAUAAAAUUAAAUUAAAAAAUCGUGAAAACAGCGACUGAGGCCACAUCAACCAAUAAACCAUAUUUACAACAAGUAAGCGGAAAAGUUGAAUGGAAAUUCUAAAAAUAAAGUUUCGUAAAAAAGCACUUAUUGGAUCCGGAAAAAGAAAUUAACUUUUUUUUCGGGGCGAUCUAAAAAAAAUGUGAUGAAUUUUAUUAUGAGUUUUGUGAUUGAUGUAAACAUUUUUGGGAUUACGUGAAUUAAUGGGACAGAUGGAUCACCUGAUAUUUACAUUCAUUUGGAUUUUUUAUGUGAUACUAACGGUGCAAUGUGUAAAAGUAUCGUUUUUUGGUGCAAGCCACAUUGCAAUGCCACUGCAGGAGGCCAAAAUAUCUACGAAUAUUCGACUGCGUUUUCGAACACAUCAAGAAAACGCGUUAUUACUGCUGGCAGCCGGUAGAACUGAUUACUGCUUGGUUGGCCUAGACGCUGGUCGAAUCAAAUUUUUAUUUAAAGUUGACGACUUUGUAGCAGAGUUGACGACUCCAAAGAAAAUAGCAUUUAAUGAUUUGCAGUGGCAUGAUGUGUCGAUUCAGAGAUACGAGACAAAUAUAACUCUUCAAAUUGACGAACACUUUGUCAGAAAAACUUUGCCGACACGGAUAAAUGAAUUCAAUGUACAUUUUGGUGUUUUCCUGGGUGGAUUGGGUGAUUUUUCGGAAACAUAUCUGGGAACUGUAGACAACUAUCGAGGCUGCAUUUCGGACGUGUACUAUAACAACAUUAACGUACUUAAACGGGCGAAAGAACGAACAUCUCAUGUGAGUAGUGUACAAGUUGAGUGGAAUUGUAGUCCUGAAUUCGACGCGGACGAAAAUCAGAGCAUCAGUUUUGUGGAUGAUGAUGCGUUCGUAAUGCUAGCCAGGUCUCCAGUUCAGACCGGCGAGAGCUGGAACUUAGAACUUCGAACGAUCGAACAAACAGCAACUGUUUUGUACAAUAACGGCCACGAUUAUGUGGGACUAGAAAUUGUGGAUGGUAAACUGAGGCUUCUAGUUGGUAAAGGAUCGAAUGCGGUUGAGCUGAUACCCGAACGAAAUGUAUCCGAUGGCACUUGGCACAAUGUCUCCAUCAGUUACAGUCCCACCAAGGUUGAGUUGCAACUGGACGACUCAUUUCAAACGGCAAGUUUUGCGAACGGCAGCAGUCAUGUGAUCGAACUCGGCGAUGAAUAUUUCAUCGGUGGAUUAGCUGCGCACAAAAAGAAACGGGCUCUGUUGAAGGGCUUAAGAGCUGUUGAACAGAGUUUGAAAGGAUGUGUGCGAAAUUUGGUGGUUGAUGAGCAGAAAAUCGGUUUUCCCCAUAUGAAAAUAACGCAGGGCGUGUCCGUUGAAUGUGUUUGGCAAUAUCCGUGCAUCGAAAAAUUGCCGUGCAUAUCGAGUAGCAUCUGCCAACAAUACGACGUCGACGAUUUUAUUUGUUACUGCGAUCAGGCGUACUGCAUUAAAGCAGAUUUUACCGAUAAGUAUAAGAUAUUCACAAGAUCCGAUCUCCCUAUUGAAAUGCCAAUUCUAUCAGUCUCACCACUAGAACUGUUAGAAGGUGACAGUGCCUUCCUAUCUCCCAAUUGCAUCAAUGUUCUAAUUGAUUAUGCAAAACUGAAUGUAAUGGAAGCCGGAGUCGUAUUCAACGUGGUCCAAGCUCCGAAACAUGGCAAAGUCCUAGUCAUGCCCUUCGGAACGGAGGAUAAUAGCACGACUCAAAACAAAUUUUUCUCGUUGAUUGACCUGAGUACCGACAAAAUCAAGUACACGCACAACGGAGGGGAGCAACUCACCGAUCAUUUGACCAUUGAUCUUCAGUUGAUAACAAGCAAUCGCGAACCGUUGCCAGAGUUUCUACAAGGUCGACACAGAUUCGUACUCCACGUAAACAUAACACCGGUCAAUGAUGCGCCAGUACUGAGUCUACCCGUGAAUCGAAUCUUUCGACUAACCCAAGGCAUACCGAAAAUCAUCGGACCUGAACUGUUGACGGCUAUCGAUCCUGAUAGUCCGCCUACAUCACUGAUGUACACAAUCUUGUCGAAGCCAGAAUCAGAAGGACAGCAUGGUCAAAUUGAAAUAGGUGGAAGGGUUGUGUCGACAUUCUCUCAAGCCGAUGUCAAUCAAGGUCUGGUCACUUAUUUAAUGAAUAAACAGACAUCUGACGAUAUUUCGUACGAAAUUGCGAUCCAAGUAUCAGAUGGAAUGGAAACUAGCCCGGCAGUUUUUCUACCUGUCUCUGUGCUGCCGCUUCAGCUAAGAAUGGUCAACAACACUGGCCUAGUUUUGGUGCACAAAUCCUUUGGCCUGAUUUCGCCGUGGAAUCUAUCGUUCGUGUCAAAUUCCGACGACGACAAUGUGGACGUGAAGUACCAAAUAGUACAACCGCCACAAUUCGGAAAUAUUCAAAAAUUGAGAACCGUUGACUCAUCAUGGAUCACCGUGGACUCGUUCACGAGCGACCAAAUUCUUCUCGGACAAAUUCGGUACAUUCACAAUAUCGACUUUCCUGUUCAUGAUGAAUUUAAGUUUACUGCCUCGUUCGGACCCAUCAAGACCAUUAAAUAUGAUUUUCGCCUAACGUUCACAAAACUACGCAUCGGCAUUCAGAACCAGAACAGCCUUCAGAUCGACGGAACCAGGGAGACCACGAUAACGGCACAAAAUUUAUUUCACCAAACAACGCCACUGUCCACAUUUCCGCGCAACAUUAUCUACACUGUGCUAGCCCCACCGAAAUAUGGUCUGAUCUAUGUCGACGGUCAUCCGAACUAUGCGAAAGAGAUGGAUUCAUUCACCCAGCAAGAUAUCGACAAAAAUCUCAUUCGCUACAAGACCCAUCACACAUGCUAUUCGAGCUUCAUUGAUAUGUUCGAGUUUCUUAUAACAGUACCCGAAUGUGAUGACAUCAAGGGGAGCAUAAAGAUAAUUUACAAUCCACCGGAAGCUCUAAUGAAAAUGCUGUCGUAUCAAACGCGAGAAGUGAUCCAAGUGAACGAAGGUGAUCGGGCCGUAGUAUCUCCUCUCAAUUUCCAUGUCUCAUUUACACCAUUCAAUCAGCUCCUAUUUAAAGUGUCCCUUGCACCGCAACAUGGAGUCUUGUGCAACUAUGAUAUGAAAGAGUCAAAAAUAAUCGAAAUCGAUACGUUCACGCUGGACAGUCUGUACGCUCAAGACAUUUAUUAUUGUCACGAUGAUUCGGAGUCAGUUGAGGAUUCCAUUGACUUUCUAGUUCUAUCAGACGAUGCAAGUGAUUUCCAACUGAUUUGCGAGGUUCAAAUAAACAUAACGUUGAUGAACGACAACGGUCCGUAUCGCAUCAGCGAAAAUAUUUUCCAUGUGGUCCGCAACGAGAGUAAGUCAAUCAGUGCAAAUGAUCUGAAAUAUGUCGAUCCCGACAUAAACAGCAAUGAAACGGACAUCGUAUAUAAGCGGCUGUUAACUACGAACGGGGAAUUUUACAAAGACGAUGUCCUGACCGACCAUUUCACUCAAGAUGACGUGAAUCAUGGACGCGUUCUUCUCAAGCAUACCGAUCCGGACAAUGGCACUGCAUCGUUUGUGGUAACCGACGGAUAUUACGAGGUACCCGGCGAGCUACUGAUUCAAGCGUCUGAACCGUUUAUCAAAAUUUCCGAGAGAAAUGCGUCGAUUGUCCAGGAGGGAAAGUAUAUUGUGCUGAAGACAAACGAUCUGGCCAUUGAAACGAAUUUGAAUUCGAAGCCCGAUGAAAUUGAGUAUCGGGUGCUGAGUGAACCGAACUAUGGCGUGAUCAAGAUUUUGAGACGGAAAUUCAACGGGACGAUACUGCCGCGAAGCAACAAUAUCACAUCGACGAAGAACUUUACGCAACACGAUGUUCAGCGUGAGAGAUUGAUCUACUGGAACACGGGUGUUGCGUCCAUGGAUAAAAUAAGGUAUCGAGUGUCAACGAAAGGUAUCUGGGCCGAAGGAGAAAUUCUUAUCCGCAUUUAUCCAGCUGCCUAUUGGGACUUAUUGCAAAUUCGCCGGAAUCAAACACUGUACGUUGAAGAGUCAACCAGCGUUAUAAUAUCACGGGAAAUUCUCGAGAUUAUCCAUCCGAACAUAAGUCCAGGAGACAUAACCUAUCUCGUGACGACAUCUCCGCAGCACGGCUACUUGGAAAUUCAAUCAAUAACAUCCGAUGACGAAUACAAUUGUAAGGUGUUCGAUCAAUCGACCAUUAAUUCGGAAAAGAUGUUUUACAUCCAAGCUGGAGUGAAUCAGUCGACCGACCAUUUCAUCUUUGAUGUGACAAAUGGCAUCACUUGGCUGAGAGGAUUGAUGCUGAAAAUUGUUAUCAUCCCGGAAAAUUUGUACAUGGACACGACGAGUGUUUCGGUGGAAGAAGGCAAGUCUCUGCGUCUCGAAGCGAACAUAAUGAGCCCGUUCUCCGAGUACUAUUUUAACAAAAUUUUGGAAUACAAAAUCAUCCAGCAGCCAUCGUUCGGGAACGUAAAAUCAGGCAAAUCGAAAAUUAACAGAUUUACCCACAAGCAGUUGGAAGCUGGACAAAUUCAGUAUGUUCAUGAUGGCAGCGAAAAUUCAACGGACUUCAUACGAUUGAUAGCGAUAGCACGGAACAAGGAGAGUGUGCCGUACGAUUUGCUCAUCAAUAUUAUACCGGUCAACGACGAAAUACCACAAAUUGUGACAAAUACUGGACUUCAAAUGUGGGUUGGUGGACGAGCUGCAAUUAGAAACUCGGAUCUGACCGCUCAAGAUUACGACACACCGCCUGAUAAGCUCACCUACAUUAUAAGUCACUUAACCGGUGGACGUAUCGAGUCUAAACUACAUCCGAAUGCCACAAUCACAAGUUUUACUCAAGGCAACAUCAACAACAACGAAAUCUUCUUUGUUCACGACUCCAAUCAUCUGAAUGGUCAGAUCAAUUUUGCCAUAACCGAUGGCGAUCACAUCAAUUCCGAGCAGGUGUUGCACAUUACCACUAAUCCGGUUUCGCUGGAAUUGGUGAAAAACGAGAAUCUUCACGUUUUUCCAUUGACACGGAAGCAAAUACUACCCGACCAAUUGCAGUUUCGCUGUUCCGAUCAGGAUAGAGACGUUAAAUUCGUCGUUACAAUAGCACCACAGACUGGUAAAGUGUUGUACGAGUUUCUUGAGAACGGAACUACAAUCGAGGUGAAAGAGUUCACACAAAAUGAUGUCAACAACGGUCGCAUCUUGUACGAACACACCCAUUCAAUGGUGGAACUGAAGUCCAACGAUUCAUUCUAUUUCGAUGUCACUGCCAAAUUAGCCAACAGUUUGAUUGAUCAAAUAUUCAACAUUGAAAUUUCCGUAUCAUCUGGCGGUCUAUUGCGAUUCCUGCCGGUUCCGAAGCUUCAGCUAGACGAGGGCGACAGUGCACCAGUCCGUUUGGAUUUGUCCAAAGUUCUAGAAUAUUUGGAGACACGAGCCGGCAUCCAAUUUCCCGAACUGUACAUCGAUUCCUAUCCACCCAAACACGGCUACAUCGAAGUGAUCGAUGCGAGAACGAAUGUUACCCGAUUUUCGUUGAACGAUUUCACCAUGGGUAAAGUGUUCUAUCGGCAUGACCACAGCGACACCACCGAAGACAAAAUUCUCAUGUCGGUGUAUCUGAUCCAAGGACAAAUUUUCUUAUGCAACCUGAGCAUUCCCGUUGUCGUCAAUCCCAUCAACGAUCAUCCAUUCCAUUUGGUGACGCAAUCGCCUCAGAUGUCCAUUGUAGAAGGGGAAAAUCGGACGAUAACCGAGAAGGAAUUGCUGACGGAAGAUGCUGACACAAAUGCAGCGAAUAUCGUCUACGAUAUAAUCAGCGGUCCCACAUUGGGUCAAUUGAUUAAGAUAGCCGACGAUGGUUUUGCACAGGACAUAUUUACGUAUGGCAAUCAAUUCUCCCAGCUUGACAUCAAUGAACAUCGAAUCCAGUACGUGCAUUAUGGACUACCACAAUCGACGACGUUCUACUUUAAAGUGUCGGACGGAAAAUUCAAACCGGCCUAUGAAAUAUUCAAUCUAAGAGUGUUGCCGAUCACCAUUGGUCCAGGAUUGGAAAACGAUGUGGUCAGCGUUCAACAGGGAUCGAAUUUAGCAUUAAUUGAAUCGAAGCAUUUACCGAUCGAGACGAAUGCCGACAAAAGUCGUCUGGUCUACAACAUCACAGAGAGUCCAACGAACGGAUAUAUUUUGGUGGAGAAUAGGGCAAGUUUUCGAUUCGAUCAGGAUCAGUUGGUGCGUCAGCAAAUUAAAUACAUGCAAACGAACAUGAAUCGAUCGAGUGAUGAAUUUAAGGUACGUGUGUACAUACCUGACACCAAUCCGAACAAUGUCGUCAACUUCGAUGUAAAAAUUAUCGUCGAACCAUUCAUAAAAAUCAACGGCAUUUCGCUCAUAUCAUCCGAUAAAAUUCGUCUCACCUCAACCAUAGUCACGGAUAAUCCCACUCAGCACAAAUUGAACCGUUACAACCCGAAAAUCACCAUCACUCGCAAACCGGACCAUGGUAAAAUUCGGAAAAUUAUCCGUACAUCCGGCGACAGCGAACAUUUGAACGAUAAGGACGUGAGUUCCUUCACAUACAAAGAACUGAAGAGUGGAAUUGUUUACUUUGUUGCACGAAAACUUCCCGAUGAAGUUGCAUCGAUUAACGACUGCUUCGAGUACACUCUCCACAUAAAAAGUGUACAGCCAGGUCAGGGCUUUGUUCCGAUUGAAAUCCAUAAAAUUCUGAGCACCGAUCAGGGAGUGGACGUUGACAUCGCCACCUCCGAAGCGUUCCCAUUCAACUACAUUGUCAUCAUUUCAAUGGGACUGAUAAUGCUCGUAAUUGCAUUGCUGACGAUCCUCUUCAUCCGGUGUCGUCAUUCGAGAAGUGCAAUCAAAAACAAUUCGGAAAAAGACUUCCCGCCGCCACUGCCACGACCACCCGAUUUUAUGGGUCUGAAUAACAAUCGCAUUUAUUCAUCGUCGGAUGGAUCUCAAACAGCAUCAUCAACGCCACUACCAGUUUUAAGUAGUAUACCGCACUGUAAAGUUACGCCAAUCGAAUUUGAAGAUUCCGAAUCGGAUGACAUCGGAGACUUGAAUGUCGGCGAUAAUCAGCAAAUGGCUAGGCACUUGUAUCCGUAUGGGGAUGAUAAUGAUGAAUGGAGUUCGUCGUGUGACAUUGGCAAUGAGGUGAAUUAUUCGACGAUAGCACAACCGCAACAAGGCCAACAGCAACGAAUGAACAAUCCGUUGUUGAGGCGGAACCAGUAUUGGGUGUAGGUAAAUUGUAAGAGUCGACACAAGUCAACGAAAAAUGAUAGUAGGAGUUCUCAAUCCAUCGUAAGUCAAUUAUAUCAGGAUUGCUGCUCUCUGAAUAGAACAAGACUUUUGUUUCAAAUAUAUUGUCCUCGACUUGCACUUACAGCUACAUAGAACAAAUUCUCUUAAAUUAGUAAUCAAUUGACGUACGCCCCAAAUUUUCGCCACCGACAAUCCAUUCGAUUUUAUUUAAAUCUUAGGUGAAUGACCACUUAAUGCUAUGCAUUCUACUGGAACGGAUGAAUAUUCAAUCGUAAA